ACCUACCGUCCCAUUAUUUUAUUUUACACCACGAAGAAAAGAAUCCAAACAUCACGGAAAUAGACGUGAUGGUCUACUGUUUUACUUGUAUUUUAUUCCAGAGAAACACAAUUGAAACCUUUUAAUUUCUAUGAAUUAACGAUGGAUUUAAAACGUGCUAAAGAUGUAACUAGAUCGAGCACACAUCUUAAAUCAGUCUUUGUUCAUUUGCUCAGGAUUCAGUUUCGUUUUUUAUCAGCCAGUGAUUGACUGGAGCACUGAGGGUUUCACAACACCAUGGGCAACAGGAGGAGAGGUCACACUCAUGCACCUAAAACACCUCCAUCCCUGGACACACACUCCUCCAACACACUCCGGCACUCUGACCAUGAGCAGGGCGUGAAGCACAGGAUAUGUAUGGUGUCAGACUUCUUCUACCCAAACAUGGGUGGUGUGGAGAGUCACAUCUACCAGCUCUCACAGUGCCUCAUAGAGAAGGGCCACAAGGUUGUGAUAGCUACGCAUGCGUAUGGAGACCGCCGUGGGAUUCGGUACCUGACCAACGGUCUGAAGGUGUAUUACCUACCACUGCAGGUCAUGUAUAAUCAGUCCACAGCCACCACCUGCUUUCACAGUUUGCCGCUACUCCGAUGCGUGUUUGUGCGUGAGCGCAUCACAAUAGUGCACGCCCACAGCUCCUUCUCCGCGAUGGCCCAUGAUGCUCUGUUCCACGCCAAGACUAUGGGGCUCAACACCGUAUUCACAGACCACUCUCUCUUUGGAUUUGCGGACCUGAGCUCUGUACUGACAAAUAAGCUGCUGACUGUCUCUCUGUGUGACACGAAUCACAUCGUGUGUGUGUCGUACACUAGUAAAGAGAACACUGUACUGCGAGCCGCACUGGACCCAGAGAUCGUCUCGGUCAUCCCUAAUGCUGUUGACCCCACUGACUUCACCCCUGAUCCCUGUCGUCGUGACAACAGCAAGAUCACCAUUGUGGUCAUCAGUCGACUGGUUUACAGGAAAGGGAUUGAUUUACUAAGUGGAAUCAUUCCUGAACUGUGUGGAAAGCAUCCAGAUCUCUGCUUUCUGAUUGGUGGAGAGGGACCCAAAAGAAUCGUUUUGGAAGAGGUUAGAGAGAAAUAUCAGCUUCAUGACAGGGUUCGUCUGCUGGGAGCUCUGGAUCAUAAGGAUGUGAGGGAUGUUCUUGUUCAGGGUCAUGUCUUUCUCAACACUUCUCUCACUGAGGCCUUCUGUAUGGCCAUCGUGGAGGGAGCCAGCUGUGGGCUGCAUGUGGUGAGCACUCGUGUUGGAGGUAUACCUGAAGUCUUGCCUGAUGAGUUGGUGACUCUGUGUGAACCAUCAGUUCAGUCACUUUGUGAUGGCUUAGAAGCAGUAAUUGCAAGAAUACGCACAGGAAAUGUGGCGUCUCCUGCCACCAUCCACCGCAAGGUCCGAACACUGUAUACUUGGAGAAACGUUGCCGAGCGCACAGAAAAGGUGUAUAAUCGGGUGUGCAGGGAGUCCGUUUUGCCAUUGUCUGCAAGACUGCAUAGACUGAGCUCUCACUGUGGUACUGUGGCAGGCUCUAUUUUCUCCUUUGUUGCUGUUAUUAACUUCCUCUUCCUGCUUUUCCUGCAGUGGCUCCGCCCAGAUCAUCUGAUUGAUGUUGCUAUAGAUGCAUCAGGCCCUCACAGCCGCUUCGGGCAGCAUGUUAGUAAGAAGAAAAUUAAAACACCAAACCCGGCUGUUGAUCUAACAUGACUAUACGAGUUUAUUUAGCAGGAGAAGGAUGUUAGGUAAUGAACUGAACUGAAAUUGUAGUACUGAUGUACUGUGGUACAUCAAAACAUGUACUAACUAUUUCUGUUUACAUUCCCAUAUAAAACAGUGACCUCAGGUGUAGAGAAAGAGAGAGUCCAGCGCCUGCUUUUGCACAAUAAAAAGCUGCCUUUAACUGAACCCCUAUCAGAAGAUAGUAUACGCUGGCUGAAAUUGUUGUACAAACACCCUUUGAACAUCUAGAUUUAAGAUAAAUAAAUGACAAACAUGGCCAGCUUUUCCUGUAUCACCUUUAUAUUUUUCAUCUCACAGCAUAUCUGUAUAUUUUAGAUGUGAUUUUAAAUUGACAUAUAUGAACUGAAGUGAAAUGUUAAAUGCCAAACACAGUUUUUGAGCUUUAGUGGAGCUAUGAAAUGUCAAAUGGAUCAUAUCUGUUCAUUUCUUUGAUCUGAUGGUACUUUUUGAUUUCUUUUGCUGCUUUUAUUGGCUAAUGAUGGAUAGUGACAUGAACAUAUUUAUUUAAACCCGAACACACUAUUUUCUUUUGACUUCACUUGCAGCGCACUCAUUUUAGGGCACUGUACUUCACUUUUCAUACUUGCUUUCUUUUAUGUUACACCUAUUUUAUAUUGAUCUUCUCUGUGAGUAUGAUGAUCAUGGUUAUAAUGCACAAAUGUUCGUACUACCUGAAAGUGGUGUUAACUUGAAUUAUUUUUGUUGACACAAUCUAAAAUAAACUUUAUUAACAUACAACAA